UUCAGAUUUUGUUCAGAUUUGCAUUAUGUAAUCAUCCCCGAGAGAAUUUAGCUUCCUGAAGAAGUGAACAACCAGACCAAGUCAAACGCCUCAGCUGUGCCUGGCAGCAACACGUGUACAUCAACUAGGACAAAUGGGGAAGAACACAGUAAACAAUCGAAAGAAAAAGUUAGCAAAAUUACGCAAAAAGUCUGCUGCGACCCUUAACGUAGCAUCACUGACAACAGAUGAACUUUUAACCCGUGCUCAGGAACAAAUAGAUUGUUUCCAUUAUGAAAGAGCUCAGUACUUAUGUCAAGAAGCCUUAAAACGAGAUCCAGAUAAUGUAUCAGCACUGGAGACAUCAUCAAGUUUAUGUCUUGAAGUUGGAAACCUAGAUGGAGCUAAACAUUGCUUGGGACGAGCUAUCACAUUAAAAUCAGAAGAAGGUUAUGCAAAGUACAUGUCCAUGGCCCAGUUACUGGAAGGCAAAGAAUCUCUCCAGUGCUAUCAAAAGGGCAUUGAAAUUCUAACUAAAGUUAUAACUGGGCUUCAACACUCAGUUAAAGAAAACAAAGCAAAAUGCUCUGCGAAUAAUUCUAAUGAUAUAUCAGCUACAAAACCAGAAAUGGCAGCAGAUGAAAAUGAAUCUAAAGAUGAUAGUAAAGAGACAAUUAUUGGAGCUACAAAGACUGAAAAUGACCCACUCCCCUCAAGUUCCUUGGUAGAACCUGAAGGCAAUAUGGCAGACCUUGUUCGGCAACUUUCUACUGCAAAUUGCUCUGUGGCAGAACUAUUUAUGACAGAUUUAUGUGAUGAAGAAGGUGCAGAGGAACAGUGUCGUUCUAGUAUAACCAAUGCCAUUCAAGCUGAUUCCAACAAUCCAGAGGCAUAUCAGCUUAUGGCCAGUUUUCUUUUGGUGAAGCAAAAUUUAGAAGAAGCAAAGACAUUUAUAACAAAUUCAAUAGAAAUCUGGCUUCCAAAAUAUAAAGAGGUGGAUGAAGGCAAGGCAACAGCUGGUACUUUUGAUCCAGUAGAAGUGUGUCCUCUGUCAUACACAACACGUCUCAGCACAGCAAGAAUUCUCAUCGAAGUAGCGGAUCAUAAGCAUGCUGUGGAGGUUCUUGAGGGACUGACAGAAGAAAAUGAUGAAGUUGUAGAUACUUGGUACCUGUUGGGAUGGAGCAAUUAUUUGCAAGGAGGAGAUCACAAAGACUCUGCCAAGUUUUACCUCCAUCGUGCCAUGCAGGUACAUUCCACGGCUCCCAGUGAUGAUGAGCAAUUAAUUGAACACCUGAAAGAACUGAUACAAGAACUUGGCCCCUACACUGAAGGUGAGGCAGUGGAUGAUGCCGAAAUUGAAGAUGAACUUGAGAGAGACUCAGAAGAUGAACAAAUGGACACAAACUAAUUUAUCUUUGGCUAACUUCGAGAUAAUUAUUUAUACAGUAAUGUAAAUAAAUGUUUAGUUUUCUAAAUAAUAAGAAUGUACAGUUUUAUAAUGUUGGUAUAUACAGUAUGUAACAUGAUUGACUAAUGAGACUUUUCAAGUUUUGACGCUGCUAUGUAAUGUACAGCAACAAACAUACUGUAUAACACUUUGUACAGUACCCAGAGUUUGUUUUGUUGUUUUUUCAUUGUACUUUUGCAGUAAAAAAUUGAGUCUGA